CGACGUGGCGAAGUCAAGAGUGGAUUUUGGAUAAGCUCGGACAACAGAGGACUAACACAUUACAUCAUCAUGAAAUUCUACCUGGGAUUGGCGGCGAUAUUGAUCGUGAUGGUUUCUCUGGUCAAACCGGGUGAGGCCACCUUCGGCAAGCUGAAUCUUCUGCUGGGCGGAGCAACCACCUCUGGCUACGGCUCUGGAUAUGGUUAUGGCUCUGGCUAUGGCUCUGGCUAUGGUUCCGGUUAUGGCUCUGGCUACGGAUAUGGAUCAGGCUAUGGAUCUGGAUAUGGUUCCGGCUAUGGAUACGCACCUGAGAACGUGGUGAAGGUGAUCAAGGUGUCGGUGGUGCCAGGAGGAGGAGUCGGAGGAGGAGUCGUUGGCGGAGGCUAUGGCAGUGGCUAUUCCGGAGGCUUUGGCGGUGGUUACACUGGAGGCUAUGGAGGUGGCUACUCCGGUGGCUUUGUGGGAGCUGCCCCUGCCAUAUCCACCUCCGCCGUGGUUACUCCAGUGGUCACUUCGGUGUCCACGCCGGUGGCUGCUCCCGUCUUCGCCGGUGCUGCUCCCGUUUUGGGCGGUGGUGCUGGAUAUGUGAGUGGGUUCGGUGGUGGUCUGACCGGCGGAUUGGGUGGCUAUGGAGGGUCCUUCGGCGGUGGAGCUGCCCUGCCCGCCUCCUAUGGAUUUGGAGCUGGCUAUGGCGCCGGCGGUGGCUUUGGACUGGGAUUCGGAGCCCCACCACCUCCACUCGGCCUGGCCGGAGGACUCUGCUAGAGAACGAGGAAACCACAACACCUAGUGGUCCAUUUUUUUUGAUAAUUUUAACCAACGAUUUGUAAUUAAAAGUUAACGAUUUGUAAUAAAAUGUAUAAAUAACGAUUU